AUGUCAUUGACUACUGCAAGAGUUGUGCUACUCCCAGAAACUGAAGAGUCGGCUAUAAAGCUUGUCGAUAUCCCACAUCCUAGAACAAAUCAUGAACACCAUUACGUUUUGGUUAAUGACCAACUUUAUGAAUUUAAUGAAAUAGAUAAUGAUAAUCCACACAGCAAGACAAAUCAUUUGAGAAGUGUCACCAAAAAUGACAAUAAACCUGUUAGAUCUUUAAUACUGGAAAAUUCUGAUAGCUCUUUACCAGGUCUUGUGCUUGAAGAAUCAAAUAUUAUAAUAUCAACAAAAUUCAAUUUUGUCUAUGUCUUGAUUUCAUAUUUCAACUCGCAAUUAGAACAAGGGAAAGAAUUUAGAAGGUAUCAGUCCUUGCAAGACUUGACGGAUGUCUUGGAGGAAGAGUUGCCAGUUAUAUCAAAAAUACCAGAGUCUUUACUAACCGAUGCAUUGGAAAAAAUAUCGGAUUCAAUUGAUGAGAAUGGUGAUAAGUUUUACAGAUAUUCUGAAGAAAAAGUUUAUGAGUUUUUGAAAACCAAAGUUGAGAUCAUUUCAAAAUCAUUUCCAAAAUCUAUUCAAUCUCAACUUGUCAAUCCUAUUCUAUACCCUGUUAAUAUAGAAGAUCCAAUCCCUGAAAAUAUCAUCAAUUUAGCUUUAAACAAGUAUUCAAUCCACUUAAUAUCAUCAUAUCUACACCCUAAAGUUGAAUCAAAACUUCUGGAUCUAUACAAAUUUCAAGAGUUAGAGGCUUAUAUUACCAAGGUUUCGGAAGAAAGAAGUAAGAAAAAAGCAGCUGAAGAUCAAAUUCAAAACCUCAAUCAAAUUAAUGCACAAAAUAAAAGAACGUUAGGGAAACAAGAAACUGGUAGUCGCAAAAAGCCAACAGUUGCUAAAAAAAUUACACCAAAAGUUUCGAAAGGUCCUUUGGAUGGGUUCUUUGGUAAGAAAAAAUAA